AUGCCCAUUUUCACCUGUCAUAACGUUGGUACCAAUUGCCAUUUCCUUCCGCCUCCAGACCCUCCGACCGUACGUGUGCUCAGCUAUCCCUCGGAGCCGAUGAUCGGGCAGACGGUCACUCUCACCUGCCUCACCACCGGCGGCAGUCCGAGCACCGGACUCGCCUACAUCUGGCGCUUCCUCAAGGUACCUCUCGACCAGCCCAAGACAGACCCCGCGUCUCUAGCCGUCUCCACCUCGCCCGCCAGUCCCAGAGUCGAGAUGACACACGUCACCACCGCCAGUAACCUCCUGCCGUCUGCCGAUCCAAAAGUCAAAGUGCCCAUGAAAGUGGCAGUCGUCAAGACGACAACUACACAGCCGAAAUUGACGUCGUCUCGACCGGCCACGGUUUCUUGGGCCAAUUGGCCCAGUCUCUCGGACAUGUCUUAUCUUUCCGACAGACGAAAUGGAGCGGCCGAGUUGAAUGUGACCGGAGCGCUGAUGUUCCUGAAUGAAGCCGGAAUGACGGCGGCGGCGGAGGAGGUGGAGAUGGGCGUCCGCUUGGGUCAGGCUGGCUGGUACGCCUGCGAGGUCACGGGUCCCGGAGGACAUGCUUACGCCAUGCAUCCGAUGCGAAUCCGCUUUAGUUAG